AUGCUCUCGCUUCUGCGCAUAGUGCCUUUUUGCCUUUUGUACCUGGCCAUGGCUUCGGGCUCUGCAAACACGAGCUCCACGGAGUCGCCUCCACGUCCAGCUCAUGCCUUCGGCGUAUGGCGCUCUCGCAGAAUCGCCGAAACGAUGUCAGACCUCCGUGCAGUUCCAGCGCAACCCGCGGACGAUUGUGUGGAAUUUCUACAGAAAGCGGAGACGACAUCCACUCAGGCGGCUUGCUUGGAUGAUCUUAUGAUUGCGAUCCCGAAAGCAUGCACUGACUGCGCAGCCGUGCAUUGUGGUCUCCAGAUGGCCUGCGAAAAGUAUGUAGCAUUCAUCCGAGAGGAAGAUCCGGAUGGAGCGUCAACUCUCAUCGAGGCAUUUGAGGCAAUUGACUUCAUGCACAAAUCAUGCCCAUGCUGA